CAGGAGGGGAAAACAGGGGAGGGGGCGGGGGGCACGGCCGGGGCCUAGGCCGGGCCGCGCCUCAGGGCCCUGCCGGCUCCCCGGGGACGGUGCCCGGCGCCUGUGGGGCCCCCUCUGGCGCCUCCUGCUCUUCUCGGUCCCGCUCUCCCCACCCCGACCCUGCCUGGAUGGAGCCUCACAACUUCCAGCGCCCGCCGAGCCCGCACCGGGAGGCCUGACAGGUAACUAAAUGCCCUCGGUGUGGGUCGGUGCUCUGCUGGCAUGCUUGGAUGCACAGCAGCUCUUCCAGUAGCUUCUUUUCAUCUGCCUCGUUGCAAGAAGAUGGCAAAAGCAAACAUUACCAGAGACAUCAUCCACAGACAGAUCAAGGAGAGGGGAGCGCUGGGCUUCGAGCGGCACUACCACGUCACUGACCCCUUCAUCCGCCGCCUGGGGCUGGAGGCAGAGCUGCAGGGUCACUCUGGGUGUGUCAACUGUCUGGAAUGGAAUGAAAAAGGAGACCUGCUGGCCUCUGGCUCUGACGACCAGCACACCAUCGUCUGGGACCCCCUGCACCACAAGAAACUUCUUUCUAUGCACACAGGACACACAGCAAACAUCUUCUCUGUCAAGUUCCUGCCACACUCAGGGGACCGGAUCCUCAUCACGGGAGCUGCGGACUCUAAGGUGCACGUCCACGACCUGACGGUGAAGGAGACCAUCCACAUGUUUGGGGACCACACCAACAGGGUGAAGCGCAUUGCCACGGCCCCCAUGUGGCCCAACACCUUCUGGAGCGCAGCAGAGGAUGGGCUCAUAAGGCAGUACGACCUGCGGGAGAGCAGCAAACGCUCCGAGGUGCUGAUAGACCUGACCGAGUACUGCGGGCAGCUGGUGGAGGCCAAGUGCCUGACAGUCAACCCCCAGGACAACAACUACCUGGCAGUGGGUGCCAACGGCCCCUUCGUGCGGCUCUACGACAUCCGCAUGAUCCACAACCACAGGAAGAGCAUGAAGCAGAGCCCCUCGGCAGGGGUGCACACCUUCUGCGACCGCCAGAAGCCUCUCCCAGAUGGGGCAGCCCAGUACUACGUGGCAGGGCACCUGCCCGUGAAGCUCCCUGACUACAACAACCGCCUGCGGGUGCUGGUGGCCACCUACGUCACCUUCAGCCCUGAUGGCACCGAGCUGCUGGUCAACAUGGGAGGGGAGCAGGUCUAUUUGUUUGACCUGACCUACAAGCAGCGCCCAUACACCUUCCUGCUGCCCAAGAAGUGCCAUGCUGCAGGGGAAGUGCAGAAUGGGAAGACCUCCACCAACGGUGUCUCCAAUGGCCUCCACCUGCACAGCAACGGCUUCCGCCUGCCCGAGGGCAGGGCCCAUGCCAGUCCCCAGGUGGAGUUGCCUCCCUACCUGGAGCGGCUCAAGCAGCAAGCCAACGAGGCCUUUGCCUGCCAGCUCUGGACCCAGGCCAUCCAGCUCUACAGCAAGGCAGUGCAGAAGGCCCCCAACAAUGCCAUGCUCUAUGGCAACAGAGCUGCUGCCUACAUGAAGCGCAAGUGGGAUGGGGACCACUACGACGCUCUGAGGGACUGCCUGAAGGCCAUUGCCCUCAACCCCUGCCACCUGAAGGCACACUUCCGCCUGGCCCGCUGCCUCUUCGAGCUCAAGUACGUGGCAGAGGCCCUGGAGUGCCUGGACGACUUCAAGGGGAAGUUUCCAGAACAAGCCCACAGCAGUGCCUGCGACGCCCUGGACAGGGACAUCAACGCUGCCCUCUUCUCCAAGAGCGACAGUGCCGAGGACAAGAAAGGAGGAGGCCCCAUCCGGCUGCGCGCCACAGGCCGCAAGGACUCCAUCUCGGAGGACGAGAUGGUGCUGAGGGAGCGCAGCUACGACUACAAGUUCCGCUACUGCGGCCACUGCAACACCACCACGGACAUCAAGGAGGCCAACUUCUUCGGCAGCAAUGCACAGUACAUCGUCAGCGGCUCGGAUGAUGGCUCCUUCUUCAUCUGGGAGAAAGAGACCACCAACCUGGUCAGAGUGCUGCAGGGAGAUGAGUCCAUCGUGAACUGCCUCCAGCCUCACCCCAGCUACUGCUUCCUGGCCACCAGCGGCAUCGACCCCGUUGUGCGGCUGUGGAACCCCAGGCCAGAGAGUGAGACCCUGAACGGCCGCGUGGUGGUGGACAUGGAGGGGGCGUCGCAGGCCAACCAGCGGCGGAUGAACGCGGACCCGCUGGAGGUGAUGCUGCUGAACAUGGGGUACCGGAUCACAGGGCUCACCAGCGGCGGCGCCGGGGGCUCCGAUGAUGAAGACAGCUCAGAGGGGCAAGUCCAGUGCCGGCCCAGCUAAGACAGAGCUGCCUCUUCUCCCUCUCGUUGUUCGGCCAGAAGGGAACCGAGUUUCCUCGGCCGUGGACUGUCUGGAUGACUGCACUGCCCCGCGCUGUGCCCAGGGCAGGACGAGCUGGCAGGGCGGGAGCAGAUGGCUCCAGAGCAUCGCCGCCGCCUCCUGCUCCUGUCCUGCGGCACCGCAGCGCAGUGCAGGGUUUGCCUUUAGUGGAAUUUAGUCCCCGCAGGGGUCUCUGAGUUGUCUGUGAGCAGUGUGAGCUGGUGACUUAAUUUCGUUUUAAUGAUGACUUUCCCCCAGAGCUGCUGCGUGCUCUGGUACAGGGCUGCUGCCUGCACUUGCAGAGGGGUGUUCAGUUCCUGAAUAAAACACAAACCUAGGGGCAGGGCUUUUGGAAUGGAUUUGCUGCAGUGCUCUUAGUCUCCAAGGCUUGACAUUGCUUUUGUGCUCUCAGCCCGCCUGGGGGGCCCUGCUCUAGGGUUGUUGGCCGUGGAGCACCAGGUUUGUCCCAAAGCAGCUUCCUUCUGCUCUCCUCCUGUAGCAGGCUGCAGCCAGCCGUGGCUGUGCUGUGUGAGGGGCUGGGCAUUGCCUGCCCUGUCCCUGGGCAUCUCAGUUGAUGAACUGGUGAAGGCACUGAGUGUGUGCAGCUCAGCAGGGCAGGAUGUGCUUGCCCAGCAAAGCCUCUCCUGUGGUCUGUGAGCCCCUGGGGAAAGCUGGCAGCAGUGGAGCAGGUUUGCUUGGAGGGUGACGGCUCAGGGAGCUGAAGCUGCUGAGGCCAGGGGCAGUAGCAGCACUCUGCCAGAGCUGCUGUCUCUGCCCCAGACGUGUGGGGUUGCCUCCAGCUGCUCCCCAGCGCUGCUCAGGUGUGUGCUGCCAGCCAGCAGCAUUCUCCUGUGCAGUCAGUGGCUCUGGCCCAGCCAGGCUGCACCUUCUGCACCUCCUUGUUGGUGUAACAUCUGAUGGUCCUCUCAGGAACCCUCCUUCCUCUUCCUGCUUCUCCACAGGCUGGCUCCGGCUGUGCAGCCAGGAGCGCACCUGGAAGUGCAGCACUCUGUUUCCCUCCUCUCCCCUGGCGUGACCUGCAGCCCUGUCUGUUCCUCUGCACUUUGCAGGCACUGAGCAGCAGGCAGAGCUCGCACAGCUGUGCUGCAGCAGCUCCCCAGAGCUUGGGUUUUUCUAGGACUAUCAACUAAGACCAAAGAGCCCCUGGAGAUCCAAACCGCUCUGUGCUGUCUCCUCUCUGGCUGCUGGAGGCCUGCACAUGCCCCCCGCGGUCCUGGGGCUGCGAGGUGUGUGCCUGUGUGCUGCACUGGGGCUGUUCUUUCAUGUGCUGCAAUCCCUGGGCUUCCUGUUCCUGCUGUGGCAGAUGAGAGGCCUCCCUUUCCCCUUCCUCCCCUGGCUGCUUCUGGCUGCCAGGCGCCAGCGAGAGGCUGCGCAGUGCCGGCUGAGCCAGGCAGCUGCUUCCUCUGCCUUCCAGAACAGUCUUUGUGAGGCGAGGGAGAGAGGUCACAGAGGCUCUUGGCUGGCAGCAUCUCUCCAAGGACACUGUUCCCUGCAGAGAGAGCUCCCCUGUGGUGCUCUCUGUCACAGUGGAGCUAACUGGGAGCUGAUCUCUGCCCCUCCAGGAUGCCCAGCUCCUCUCUCACCUGUGAGUGAAACCAAGCCCUAGUGCAGCCUGGCACUGUGGUAGUGUGCCCCUCAGCACCCAGAGAACACUGCCUGCCCUUGUGCUCUGCCAGGCUGUGGUGGCAGCCUUGUCUUCCAUCUGCUGCUGAGGCAGAGCUCUCCUGAGACGGUGUCACUCGGCUGCUGCGGGCCCCCUGGCUGGGUUCCAGGCGGUGCCAGUGCGGUGCCCGUGGCCGCUGGCUUGCUUACCUGUCGGGCUGGGUACCAGCUGCCUGCCCCACGGCUGCCCUGCCCCUUGCUGCCCUUGAAAACCCAGAGACAGCAGAAAAAUUCUUCUCACUUGGCUGGCUCUGUGACACGUUCUGGCCUCUCGUUGCUCAAGGCUUUCCUCCUAGACACAGCCUCCUUUUUCCCUCUUCUCCUCCCACUCAAACUUUUUUCCCCCUUUCAGCAGACAAUUUCUGCAGGCUUUGAUUUAUUUUUCUUUUUUAAGGGAGAGGCUGAGAUGGAAAGCUCUGAAGAGAGCAGCCCUCUCCCUCCCCACUCACCUUUUGCUGUGGCAGCUGUUUUUUGUUGUGGCUUUACCCUUGUGAGACAGUGCAGCUCUUUUACCUGCUGGUUGCAGUGUGGAAGCUGCACCAUUCCCUGCUCCCUGCCUCUGCAGUGGAUCGCUUUGCUUUUCCUUCUUCUUCCCCUUUUUAGUGGCUGCUUUGGUUAAAAAAAAAAAAAUAAUAAUAAUAAGGGGAGGGAAGGGGAGAAGCAAUCUUUCUGCCUCUGGCCCCUUUUCCCCCUGUCGUGGGCAGAUUACCUGCUUUGUCACUUGUUAAUGAGGGAAUUGUAUUUAUUGGUGGAGGAAAAAACAUGCUGGGGAAGUAGGGAGAAGAUGUUGCUUUAUUGACCUCUGCUGUUUACUUCAGCCCCCUCUUUGGGAAAGCUUCUUCCUGCUCUUUCUGGUUAACUCUUUCUAGCCCAGGACAGGCAGGGCUGCCUCCUCUGUUUCUGUAUUCUAGCAACAGGCUCUCCCCGGGAGGCCCUGAGGCUCUCCUAGUGUUGCAGUGACCAUUGCUGCUCACAUCCCUCAGCUCCUAGAGACGAUCAUCUCCUGCCCUUUGUCCCCGCAGCUGUCGAGGUGACACACAAGCCUUACUGCCCUCCUUAGAAGGAGCAGCAAACUUGGUUCUCUGGUCCCUGGAAGAGAAGGGGUUAAGCAAUUAAACGAUUCUUUGUUCUA